AUUUUGGCAAUAACAAUUUGGGAAAAAAACCGUUUCGAAGUUGGGUUGGAAGUGGGACUUGCUUUGCUUGGAAGGCAAUGCCGGUUUUGCAAAACGUUGUUCUACAAAGAGUUCCUCGAAUUGCGUAUAGUAUCCAACAAAGUUGUUUGUAUUCAGUACUAAAAAUGAGCACUAAAUGGGAGUCAGAAAAGGAACGGAUUAUGUCUUUGCCUGUAGACGAAAAAAGAAAAUUAUAUAAAACUGACGACUACAUUACCGUGAAUAAAGUAGAGUCGUGGUGUAAAUAUUUUGUGGAAAACAAGGGAUUACACGAAAAAAAGCAUACUGGGGAAGAUGAUGCUGAAUUUCGGAAGAUAACGAUAGAUUCGGAGAGGAAUAAAGAAUUGACGGACAAGGUUUCUAUAUUCAAAGGCGAUAUAACAAAGUUGGAGAUUGAUGCAAUUGUAAAUGCAGCAAAUUCCAUGUUAAAAGCAGGCGGUGGAGUUGAUGGGGCCAUUCAUAGAGCAGCAGGACCUUUGUUACAGCAAGAGUGUAACUCUCUUGGAGGAUGUCCUACAGGUGAAGCAAGGAUCACUGGAGGAUAUAACUUGCCAGCUAAGUAUGUCAUCCAUACAGUUGGACCACAAAAUGGUUCAGCACCGAAUCUCAAAUCGUGCUAUGAAAAGAGUCUCUCAUAUGUGUUACAAUAUAAUAUUAAAUCCAUUGCGUUCCCAUGCAUCUCUACAGGCAUAUAUGGAUUUCCUAAUCGCCUCGCUGCACAUAUUGCCUUAUCCACAGCAAGGAAGUUUCUAGAAAGUAACAGCGACAUGGAAAAAAUAAUAUUCUGUACUUUUAUGCCCAUUGACGUGGAUAUCUAUGAAACAUUGAUGCAAAUGUACUUCCCUUUAAAUUAAUAUAUUUAACAAUGCGUGUAUAUAUUGUUUAUGAGUAUGUCUAUAAAUAAGACAGGUGUGGUUGUGAAUUGGCUGGGCUGUUACUUUGUGUUAGAAAUACAAUAAUUAAAUUUC